AUGAGCGUUCGAGUCUUCAGCGGCGUCAAGAGAUUUCCAAGCCCAUUCCGCAAUAUUUCCCAGUCAAGGCCUGUGUCCAAGAUGACUACCAUACAGCUACCGCUAACGCCAGCUGAGAAGCUGUUCCGGCAAUGCCUGCUCGACUGCCGCAAGGAGAUGCAGUCCGUUCCUGGGAUGGAGGAUCUCGUGCUGAGGUGGACCGGAGGCUGGGUUCGGGAUAAGCUGCUCGGUGUGCAAAGCCACGACAUUGACGUGGCUCUGAGUACGAUGACUGGGUGGGAGUUUGGUCAAGCCCUGCAGACUUUCAUCAAAGAGCACGGUGCAAAGUACGAGGAGCAAGCCGCGAAACAAGGCUUCAACUCGCAGGUCAAGGACAUCCACAAGAUCGCGGCGAAUCCAGACAAGUCGAAGCACCUGGAGACCAUCACCACGAGAAUGUUCGGCAUCGACGUCGACUUCGUCAACCUUAGAAAAGAAGUCUACAACCAUGAAAACCGCCAUCCGCAGGUGGAAUUUGGCACUGCGGAAGAAGAUGCGCUUCGUCGAGAUGCCACGGUUAAUGCUCUUUUCUAUAACCUGGACACACAGGCGGUGGAGGACUUCACGCAUCGAGGACUCGAGGACAUGAAGAACAAGAUCAUCCGGACGCCUCUUGCGCCGUAUCAGACGUUCAAGGACGAUCCGCUUCGGGUUCUGCGCCUCAUUCGAUUCGCCUGCCGACUCCAGUACGAGAUCGAGGCAACUGCGAAGGAGGCGAUGAAAGAUCAGACCAUCCACGAGGCUCUUCGCCUGAAGAUCAGCCGAGAGCGCGUGGGGGUGGAAAUUGGGAAGAUUAUGGCUGGACCCGAUCCUUACACCGGGCUGAAAUAUGUCAACGAUUUUGAUCUCUACUUCACCGUGUUCGCCGACCCGUCAACACCACCGACCGACGACUCAAUCGAUGCCAGUCACGCGGUCAUCGCGUACGACGGACUCCAGAGAGUUCUAGACGAGAAGUCCUCGAUCUGCCUGAGCCUGAGACCUAAAGAAGACCAAGCCCUGAGCUGGUUCCUCGCGGCAUACACGUCGUGGUAUAAAUCGUCUGCAAAGGCAUAUCAGGCAUCCAGGGAAGGCAUCAAGGCUACCAAUAGCAUGAGCAAAGUCCUGAAAGAUGCAAUCGACCUGCGGCCCUCCAUCGUCGAAGCCGUGCAGUCAGUAAACGACGACAAAGCCGUUCGCGGGGACGUGGGCAUGACUCUGAGACAGUGCAGGGAGGCGUGGAGAUCGCAUGUGCUUUUCUCGUUGCUCUGCGACAUCGUGGAGCAAGAUUUCUCGACCGCGACAGACCGAUAUCAGAAGUUCGUCGCCUACGUUCACGACCAAGAUCUCGAAGCUGCGUAUGCCGUCCCUCCAAUUUUGAAGGGGAACGAGAUCAAAAAGGCAUUGGGCGAUCCUAAAGGUGGUCCGUGGCUGAAGAAUGCGGUCGAUGAACUUGCACGCUGGCAGUUCAACCAUCCGAAGGGAACGAGGGAAGAGGCAAUUGAGAUGAUCUCUGGCAAAAGAUCGGAGUUUGGCCUUGGUUGA